CCUCUUCCCCCCUUCUCUCUCUCUUCCUCCCUAUCCGCCUCCUUCUCCGCCGCCUCCUCCCCGCAACGACGCGGCGACUACGACGACCCGACUCGCCGCCUCCUCGCCCCCCGCCGCCGCGGCGCGCGUACGGACGGGCGGCGGGCCCCUCCUCGCCGGGCGCCGGGGUCCGCAGGCAUUCGCCGCCGCCGCCGUAGUGUGGCUUCGUUUGAGGGGCUCGCGAAUUCUAGGGUUUUUUUUUGGGUGUGAUCGGAGGUGGGGAGAAGCGGCGAGGACGCGGGGGGAGGGGAGGUGGGGGGGCGUGCAUUGGAUGGUCUCGAUCCGUGCGGCUCCCCGCUGACACGCUGCUUCGAUGGAGGAGCCUGACGGGGAAGCGCGUGGGCGGGAGGAUCAUGCUGCGGUUGGGCGGUUGGGAGGAGAGGAGGGUGCUGUUGGCGGCGGUGGCCUGGCUUUGCUCGCUGUUCCUGAGAUUGGCGGUGAGCUCGGUGAUGGUGGGAAGGUCUGCGGUGGUCAGGAGAGGCGCCUGCCCACAGAGGAAGAUGGAGUCCGAGAUAAUGGAGGUGGCUCCGCUGCAGAAUUGGUGGAAUCUGCUGUGAAUGUUUCUACCCCUUUUGAAGGAAGGGGUCAGAUUGGUGGUGAGAAGGAGUCUAGUAUGCAGGAGGGGUCUAUGAACAUGGCGGGAGAGAAGCAUGGCAGUUAUCAUGUGGAAUCUGCUGAACCCAGCAAUUUGCAGACGUGUCAUGCGCCCAAUGGCGGGGUAUCGAAUAAGACAUUAUUUGCUCCCUUCAGCGAAGUUUUCUCCAGUGAUAACAGCCAUAUGCGUUACUUGCUGGACAAAGCGACAGAGGGGAGCAUUUGUGAGCAUGGUGAUUUGGCGGACAGUAAAGAUGAUUUGGGUGGCGCAACGGACGUAAAGACAAACACAGAAGAUUUACAGAUGGUUUGCACGAAACCACAUUGUGAUAGCGAGGGUUUGUCGGAUUUGCAUAAUGACAGUGAGCGAUGGCCACAAGUGGUUGAUGGGGUGGGAUUUACGAUAAAGGGUAAUAAUGAGCUGAAACAAGUUGAUUUGAUACCAAAAAUUGAAGCUGAAGUCUCUAGGUCGGUGGAGGAUGAUUCAAUCCCUUCUUUUUCUGGUGGUAUUGAUGAUUCUUUACGCAAGGCAGGUUGUGCGUGUGAAACUCUCAAUGAUAUGGGGAUGUCUCAUAUGGCCAAUGGUGAUUUGUGGUGCAAUGUUUUAUAUGCCCCUCUUAGUGAAGGAUGCCAGUCCAAGGAUGCUCGACACAUAGCAGUCAUGGGGAACAAGGUGACACAGGGGAGUCAAUGCGGGCAGGGUGAUUUGGCGUGUGAUGGAAUUGUUUUGCGAGGUGGGGUAGAUGUAGAGAAAAGUCUAGAUGAUUUACAGAUGUGUUCCAAGGAACCACAAUGUGAUAACAAGGGCUUUCCAUAUUUGACAGAAUUUGGUGUCCAGCAGCCAUCAUAUGGCAUGAAUGUCAUAUGUUCGAAGACAGAUCCUAACCAUCAGCUGGAAAAGGAUGAAUUGUUGACAAAUACUAGAGGAGAGUUCUCUAGUUCUAUCCAUGAGGAUUCAGUUCCUUCAAUUUCUGUGAGCUCUGUUGAUUUUACUUUUGAUGGCAAUGCUGGUCAGAUUGGUAAAACAUCUGAGCAUAGAGCAAUCAUGGAGAAAGUGUCGCAUGGUUCACAGCGAGGAGGUGUACUUUCCUGUGAGAGUAGGUCUUUAAAGGAGUCUCAUGCAGAUGAGAAUCAGAGUUCCACAUUGGAGGUUAAGACAUGUGAAGAGGGCUUACAGACAGGUCAAGUGGAACCAUGCCACAGCAUCGUAGCUUUGUCGGAUUCAGGGAAGUAUGGCACCGACAUAUUACCACGUGGUGGUGACGGUCUGAGAUCGAUGACUGGUGCUAACCAUGAGCUGGUAAAGGAUGAUUUUCAUCCAAAAAGUGAUGUAGUGGUCUCCUGUCCAGUGGAUGAGGCAUCGAUUCCCUCUAACUAUAAUAGCCCCAUUGAUGUUCUUUUAUACAAAGAGGAUGGUUUAGUUGGUGAGAUAUCUGAAAAUAGAAUUGGUGUGGAGAAAUUGGCUCAUGAUUUGCUCGGAGAAGUUAUGCUUUCAUUUGACAGCAGGCCUCAGACUGAGGCUUCUGGAGAUGAGAAUCAACACUUCUGGAUGGAUGUUCCAAAGGGUUCAACUGCAUCUGUUUGUGAAGUAGAAAAUACAGGCACUAGAAGAUCUUGUGAUCCCUGUGCUGAAAUAGAGUUUCCACUCCAACAAAGUCGUGAAAAGCAUGUGAUCUCUGAAUCCCCCCCAGAGAGAGAUCUGACUAGUUCGUCCCAUAACCUACCUUGUGAAAAUGAACCUUGUUAUAGUGGCAGGGAAACACCCGCCUUCUGCCUAGGCCAUCAAGAUUCUGCUGGUCUUGGACUGGAAUCUUCAGACUGUUUGGUACAAGAGCUCAAUACGUGUACUUCCACUGAUGACAAAGCUUGCUCUGUUGAUUUUGUUGAGAAUGGUAAUGGUUCUCAUAACCAAAAGGAAGUGCCGGUGAUUUUCUUCAGGCGGAGGAAUCCAGUAAGAGCUGCCUCUUCAAGAAAUUCUAAUUUUGAGAAGUGUGACCAGAUAAACAAAUCAGGUAAUAGUACACGCAAAUCUAAGAAGGUUGACAGUGUAAGCUCAUUACUUAAAAGCACCAUGAUUAAGUUCCCAAACAAAACCACAAAGGGAAGAAGUGGCAUCAAUAGGCCAUUGAACUCUUCUGCUUGGGGCAGCCUACAAAAGCUAAUGGAUGGUUUCAAUCAGAACUGUGGUCCUUCAACUUCUCGUUCUCAUCAAACUUGUUUGGGAAAAGAAAUAUCAAAUAGAGGAUCUAGCGAGAAAAAACAGCUAUCUAUUCGGAAAAUUCGAACUUCAAGAUGUUCAAAAUAUAAAAACACAUCACUUUCUGAUAUUGGAUAUUUAGCAGGUGAAUUGAAUGGCCAACCGACCUGUUCAGUGAGGAUUGAUACUAAUGUUUCUUCUGAUGCAUUGUUCAAUUCUCCGAAUGGUGCUCACAAAGCUGCACAGUGUGUUGAAGGUAAUCAUACUCUAAAAUUAACAUCUAGCCUGACUGACACACAACAGUUUGGCUUGGAGAAUGUUACUCAAGAAACAUGCCCUGGGUACAUCCAUGGAGAGUGUGGUACUUCAACUUCUGAACGUUCUCUAAAUAAUAUAGUUGGGUUUUCACCAGACUCUGUUUUGGAUAUAGCUUCUGUUACAUGUGAAAGCAACACUUCUGCAACCCUUGAUGUUAUAGUGCAUGAAAACCCAUCUUGUCCUGGUGGAUUGAUUGGAGGUGGUCUUCGUGCAUCUGCUUUAUCUACUUCUCACUGUGAAAAUCAUCAUGCUUCAUCAUUGAUGGAUUUGGAGCAGCAGGUCAAAACUGUGAGGGAGAACGACAUGGGAGAGGAAGAUGUCAUUCCAUCACAUGCCAUGAUGUACAAUGAUAUUGGUGAAGGAAAGCAAACUUUAGCGAAGUCCAAUACGAUGAGGAAAGGUAGAAAUGUGGGAAAGCAGGAAUGCCGAAAGAAAGAUGGAAAGAAGGGAAAAAACAUAAACAAAAAUAGAAGUUCCACCAAAAUUUCAUCUAGUGAAGCUUCAAAACUCGUGUCCUUUUCUAAUGAUUCACCUUCACUUGAUCCAUCUGAGUUGCUGCUUCAUACGAGACCUCCAAAGUUUGGUUCUUGUUCUAAGGUCGUAACUUCUGCCAUACAUGAUGUUGGUAUGCAUGGAUAUGACAAUAUGCGUCCUUUUGGAAUUGACAAUGAUGACGAAGGGAGUGCAUUUGACAAUGUGAAAUCACUAAGGCGCAAGAAAAAGGAUAGUCAUGGAGGAAAGAAGGGUAAGGUGCGGGAUCCACAUGGGAAGGGCAGAAGCAAGAAGAAAAAUAUAGCUGAUAACACCUACGGUUUGCCGGCUCAGUUAACUGACCUGUCAGAACCUCGCAUGAAUAAACAGAGUGAUCUUAUUCCUGCUGCUGAACUUGUAUUCAAGAACUCUUCUGCCGUAUCUGUUGAAUUACCUGCAGUUGUUGCUUGCAAAACUGAUGGUGCAUCUGUACCACCAGCACCUGCUUGGGUUUGUUGUGAUGAUUGCGAAAAAUGGCGCUGCAUACCAACUGAACUGGCAGAUAAAAUCUCAAAAGAAAAUCUCAGAUGGACUUGUAAGGAAAACGAAGAUAAGACAUUUGCCAAUUGCUCUAUACCACAAGAGAAGACAGAUGAUGAGAUCAAUGCAGAGCUUGGGCUUUCAGAUGCUUCUGCUGAUGAAGCUAAUGGCGAUGGAUCAAACUCGAAAGCUUCUGGAGAACCAAACUUUGCACUUCUCAGGUCAAACUUGUUUCUACAUCGUAACCGCAGGACACAAUCCAUUGAUGAGAGCAUGGUAUGCAAUUGUAAGCCGCCUCACGAUGACCGAAUGGGUUGUAGAGAUGGUUGCUUGAACAGGAUACUCAACAUUGAAUGCACCAAACGUACAUGUCCAUGUGGGGAGCACUGUUCCAAUCAGCAGUUCCAAAGGCGCACCUAUGCAAAACUUGGUAAGUUCCAUACUGGUAAAAAGGGCUAUGGAUUGCAAUUGAAGGAAGAUGUAUCUGAAGGACGAUUCCUCAUUGAAUAUGUUGGAGAGGUCCUUGAUAUAACGGCUUAUGAAUCCCGCCAAAGGUAUUAUGCCUCUAAAGGCCAGAAGCAUUUCUAUUUCAUGGCACUUAAUGGUGGUGAGGUGAUAGAUGCUUGUACUAAAGGAAACUUGGGCCGGUUCAUCAAUCAUAGCUGCAGUCCUAAUUGCCGUACAGAGAAGUGGAUGGUCAAUGGUGAAGUCUGCAUUGGAAUAUUUGCUAUGAGGAACAUCAAGAAGGGUGAAGAAUUGACGUUUGAUUACAACUAUGUUCGUGUAUCUGGUGCUGCUCCUCAGAAAUGCUUUUGCGGUACUGCCAAAUGCCGGGGUUACAUCGGUGGUGACAUAUCAGGUGCUGAUAUGAUUACUCAAGAUGAUGCUGAAGCAGGGACUUUCGAACCUAUGGCUGUUCAGGAGGAUGCUGAGGAAGUACUUGGUGCAAAUGGUUUGUCCUCUCAUGGCACACAUCUAGAUAUUGUCGACCAUGAAGCUUCCACUAAAACAGAAGAUUCAAAUGAUUGCCCAUCUGUGAACCCACCAGAGUUAGAAUCUGAGCAACAAACUUCAGGAACCUUAUUUGACACAAGUGAGCCAGAAAAUUCCUUAGAAGCAUUGAGCCCACAGGAUGAUGAAGAUGUCGUCCGCACACCUGUCCAUGUGUCCCGGACAGUUGAGAGUACGUCGCGGCAGUUUCCAGAAUAUGGUACUCGGUCAUCAGAAAUUUUGCAAAGGGCUCCAUGCACACUGGAUGGACCAAAGGUUCCAAGCACAACAAAUGGAAUUCCGCCUAGUUCCGAUUUGGGGAGCCACUGGGUACCAGGUUUCCACGCUAAUAAGAAAACCAAUGUAAAACAUCAUUUGAUUCUGAAUCCAUCAUCAGCUCCUAUUGACAGUGAGCACAUUUUGGGAGUUGAAGGAAGAUUGAACAGCUUGCUUGAUGUAAAUGGAGGUAUUAGCAAACGAAAAGACGCAACAAAUGGAUACUUGAAGCUUCUCCUUGUGACUGCAGCGGAAGGUGACAAUGCUGGGGGCACGUCUAAAAGUGUAAGGGAUCUUUCGUUAAUUCUUGAUGCACUUCUGAAAACAAGAUCCAAUUCUGUCCUGUUGGAUAUCAUCAAUAAGAAUGGACUGCAAAUGCUUCACAAUAUAUUAAAGCAGAAUAAAAGCGAUUUCCAUAGGAUACCUAUAAUAAGAAAGCUUGUGAAGGUACUUGAGUUUCUAGCUUCCAAGGGCAUUCUGACAUCUGAACAUAUAAAUGGUGGUCCUCGAUGUGCUGGGACAGAAAGCUUCAGGGAGUCGAUGUUGGGCUUGUUAAGGCAUAAUGAUAUGCAGGUUCAACAGAUUGCUCGGAACUUUCGUGAUAGAUGGAUCCAAUGGGCCCCUCGAAAUAUUUCAAGAAAUGAGCCAACAGAAUAUUCACGUGCAUCCAUAUCUGCACACGAUAUUCAUGUCAUUUCAACAGCUGGUGGAUCUUUUCCAACUUCAGCCAACACUAUGGAUUGGAAAUCCAUCAGAAGAAAACGCAAGAGCCGUUGGGAUUACCAACCAGAUGACCACUAUAAAAUGGGUGGCCUGAAAAUUCAGAAAGUUUGUCCUGUACAAAGUGAGUUUCGGACUGGCUCGGUGGGAAAUAAGUUGCAUGGUAAUUGGGGAACGAACAGCUCCCACAAUGAUGUUCCUGUGGUGGGAAGUUCAGCCGAUGGUGCAGAUGAUGAAGCACCUCCUGGAUUUGAGUCUCAGCAGGAAAGUCGGCCUGGACAAGCUUGUUUAGAAUCGGGGGUUUCUCCAGGAUUAUACUUGGAGAGGUAUCAACAUAACUUGACUAUUUCAUACGGGAUUCCAAUCGCUUUUGUUGAGCAUUUUGGAACCCCAGAAGUUGAAGGAGGGCCAUGUCGCAAAAACUGGAAAGUCGCACCUGGUGUGCCUUUCCAGCCCUUUCCACCAUUGCCGCCCUAUCCAAGAGGGAGUCCUUGUCCUUCCACUCAGAUGUCUCAGCAUGAACACAACAGUUUGGGACAUUGUGGCAGGGCUGCAAAUAGAGACGGGAGAAUACAUAGGAAUUGGAGAAAUGGGGCGAGAACAAAAUUUCCAUACAAUCAUCAAGGACGGAGAUUUCCUAACAAUAAUCAAAGAUUUUGAAAGUUGCCUGCUGCCUCCAACGUCUCAGGAGCAGGGUGAUCCAGGACCUAGAGGCAGGGAGUGACCCAAGUCCUGGUUUUUGAACCUCAAAUAGUGGUUUAUACAUUGUAGUUCCUGUUUAUCAGAGCCCCAGAGGUGUAUCAGAAUUGCGUGCGCCCGUAAUUCUAUUUAAUAGGAGCAGAUGUUACUGUCAGUUUAUUAGAGGUAGAAACAUAUUCUGCAAAUAGGUCAUUGCCUUUGCGGUUCUUUUACUAAUUAAUUUGCCCAUUGGCUCCCUCUGCGCUAUGUGUAAUCCCGAUAGGAAUAAUUGAUUUGAUUCAAAUCGUUUUACAGGCAAAAUGGCUAAUUGGUUUCAAUCUUUCUCCAUCAUGUCAAGAAAGAUACAUGGGAUGUGAAAAGUUCCUAAACAGCCUUUUUCAUAUCUCUUUUCCUUUGUAUAAUUCACAGUGUUCCCUUCUAUUCAAUGCAAUGCCUGGUUAGUCCA